CCGGCCCCGGCUCGAGGCCGGCAGCAUGUGGGGGGCGGCCGAUGCGGAAAUGCUUCAAAGAGCAUCAGAAGAAUUCUCUCCAAAGAUGGAGAUUCCUGAGGAGGAGAUGGAUACAACUGAUACCCAAUGGGGCUGGUUUUACUUGGCUGAAUGUGGCAAAUGGCAUAUGUUUCAGACUGAUUCAAACACUCAGUGUUCAGUUAGCAGUGAAGACAUUGAAAGGAGCUUCAAAAUGAAUCCAGAAGGCUCUGUUUCUUUUACUACUGCAAAAUUUAACUACAAGUUAGACUUUUCAGUGAUGAAACAAACCAAUCUGACUACUGGAAAACAGCGUCCAAUAAAGCGAGCUCCCUUUUCUAUCAGUGCUUUCAGUUAUAUCUGUGAAAAUGAGGCUAUCCCAAUGCCUUCACACUGGGAGAAUGUAAAUACAGAGGAACCGUAUCAGCUUAUUCCUUUGCAAAAACAAACAAAUGAAUAUAAUGAAGUUUCUAGUCUCUUUGGGAAAACAAUGGAUAGCAACCGAAUUAAAAGAAUUCAGAGAAUUCAAAAUCUAGACUUGUGGGAGUUUUUUUGCAGGAAAAAAGCUCAGCUAAAGAAGAGAAGAGGUGUCCCUACCAUUAAUGAACACAUGUUAUUUCAUGGUACCAGCAAUGAAUUUGUAGAAGCAAUAUGCAUUCAUAACUUUGACUGGAGAAUAAAUGGUAUGCAUGCUGCUGUGUAUGGAAAAGGGACCUAUUUUGCAAGAGAUGCAUCGUACUCCAGUCGUUUCUGCAAAGACGAUAUGAAGCAUGGAGACACUUUUCAAAUCCAUGGUGUCAAUCUGCAACAUCAUGUGUUCAGAACGUAUAAAAUGCAGAGUAUGGACUGUUUUUGCCAGGUAGAAUCUGAUUGGGGAGGAGAAGAGGGACCAGAAGAAAGAUCAGAAAGACCUAAACUCCUGAAGAAGGGGGACUGAGGUGUUAAAUGAGUAAAAACACAUUGGCCUUCCCUCAUGAGACUGCCUCUUUGGAUCCCUGCUCUUGGAUUCUUGCCCUGUCACACAGACCUUAGAUAUACUCAAAGUUGUGUUAGAUUUCUGGCAUGGGAGGGAGCAUAUUACUGCACAUGCCCAGCCUGGCAUUAUGACCCAGCUAAUAGAGACAUGUAUCCCCUCCUCCCUAAGUCCUUUAUCUGUGUCUGUUCAUGGACUCUUGCAGUCACACCACAUGUUGGUUAUUUGUGUUCUUUGAAAUUUCUUGGAAACUUUUCCUCGACUUUUCUUCUUCAGCUGUUCAGGGCAGGGACUGUGGCUUCCUUUGUGCUUGUACAGUACCUAGCACAAUGGGCCUCCUGAGUGGGAUCUCUGGGUGUUAUUGCAAUGAUAACCAGUGAUUGGUGCUAUAGAACGGUAAACCUUCACUAAUCCACAAGCCUUGUAAUACACACAUGCAUGCACACACAUUAAGGCGACAUCUACACUGUGAGCUAGGGGUGUGAGUCCCCUGCUCAUGUGUACAUACUUGAGCUAGCAUGAGUAUAAAUAGCAGUGUAGCUGUGGUAGCAUGGGUAGCAGCCGGGGAGGAAUGACUAAGCCAUCCCAGUGUGAGUAUGUGUACACAAGCAGAGGGAAUCACCCCUAGGUUAUAGUGAACCCUCCCGACUUCUUAUCAGAGAUUUACUAGCAAAUGCGGUAGGGUGUCCUCAGACUAAGUCCUCUUUAUUUUUAUAAAAUAUUCUACAAUACAUGUACUUGGACAUUAUGAAAUUAUAAGAAGUCAAAAUAAAAAAAGUUGUACCCUUUUGUUUGUUCACUCACUAAUUUCCAAAAUCCAGUAAUUAUUUUCCUCACAUUUAUUAGACUCAUCUCAAGCUCUUCAGCUGGUGGGGCUAAGAUAGGUUCCCCUGGCACCUUGAUACUGUCUAUAAAGAAUGCCUGUGGUACCAGUUAAAUCUGCUCACUCCCUUUCCUCUGCCUGUGACUCUUCAGCAAUCUUUGUACCCAGCACCUUGGUACUGUCCCUUUUAGUGGCUUUGCCCUAUUUGACACAAGGUGACCUAUCUGUGAGCCCGGUACCAGAGUCCCCCUGGCUAGCUCAUAUGUCAGCAGUACGACUAGGCCUUCGGUCACUGAAAUCACAGUACCAUGUACAGCUGUUGAGACAUCUGUGCCAUCUACUUCCCCUGUACAGGUAGAAAGGGUGCAGGAAUGCUAUAGUACAGU